AAACCACAGUUGUUGUUAAUUUGUCCGCUGCGCCAUAACCAUUGGGAUAAAUAGUAACAGUUUACCCGAAAUACGCGGAUUAGUGAAUUUGACAGGAUUCCUCGCAAGUGGGGCCCACCUGUCGGAAAAAAAACUGGGUCCGGCCCGACCCGACCCGAUUCGCUGCGAGUAAACCCCGGCCGCCCGUCUCUCCCAACCCGCAAAAUUCCCCACCGAGUUCAUGCGCGUCCCCGAGGUUCGCCUGCCUCGUCGAUUUGGCCCCGUAUCGGGAAGAUGCUAAGCUUCGGGGCGCUGGAAUAGGUCUAGCGUGCGAGGUCUAGUGUGCGAUUCCCCUGAACCCUAGUUCCUCCGCCUGGUCGAUUUGGCCCCGAUUCGGGAAGAAGCCAACCUUCGGCGCGCUGGAAUAGGUGUAGCAUGCGAUUCCCCCGAACUCUAGUUCCUCCGCCUAAUGAGUUGUUUGCUGUUUAAUUCGUCGCGAUGGGCCGCAGCGGAUUCACUGACGAUGGUGGAGCUUCAAUGAUGUCGUGGCUCAAUGAUGCCGCCUCCUGCACCUCCAGUCAGCAGGAAAGGUACACACGUGCAUUUGAAGAUCCUAAAUACCUAGCAUAUUUGGCUGGUGAUUUUGAUUUGGGCAAUGUGGACGAUGUGUGUGAUGGUGCUGUGUCGUCUGCUGCGCAAUUGGAGAUGUAUGCAGAGGAGAUAGGAAAGCUGAAAGGCCGGUUGUUUGAAGAGAAGGAGCAGAACAAGAAGCUGGAUGAGAGUAGGUUGAAGUUGGAGUUUGAAUUGGCCACCCAAGAUCAAGUGAUUGAGGAAUUAGAAUGGAAAAUGGAUCAAUUGAAAUCAGUUGCACUGGGUAGUUCUAUCUUAGCUGUAGCAUUAGCUGUAGCGAUGGUGUUCUUUAAUUAGCUGUAGUGCCGUGUUGUCUGAAUUGUGCUGAGUGUAGUGAUGGUGUUCUUUAAUUAGCUGUUGUGCUGUGUUGUCUGAAUUGUCUGUAUUUGAAAGCAGACUUUCUGCUGAAUUCUGUAUCUGAAUGUGUUAUCUGGCAGACUUUCUUCUGAAUUUUGUUGAAUUUUGCUG